AUGCUUCGUGCUCGAGGCGGAGAAGUUUCUUCACCCUGGGGACAAGGGCCGUACACGAUCUUUGCUCCGACGGACGAGGCAUUCAACAGACUCCCAGGAGGCAUUCAGCAAUCGUUGCAGGAAGAUCCGGAACUGUUGAGGCGGACGUUGCUCUACCACAUUUCCCCUGGCGUCAGAGAAGCCCGGGCCCUUCGCAACGAGAUCCGCGUCGACACUCUCGUCUCCGACAAGCAACUCACCGUCCGCAUCUAUGCCGACAAGAAGCCGACGGUGAAUUCGGCGGUGUUGACGGUGCCGGACGCGAGAGGAUCGAACGGGAUCGUGCACAUCGUGAGCGAUGUCAUCUACCCCAUCCCGGAGGGGGAUCUGUGGAAGACUCUGGAAUCUUGCAACGCUUUCUCCUCUUUCGCCAAACUCGUCCGAGAAGCUGAACUUGAAGACAUCCUCAGCAACACCGAGAAAGAAGAGAAGUGGACGAUAUUCGUGCCGGUGAACGCAGCCUUCCUCUUGGACGAAUCGGAUAAGAACGACACCAAUUCCCUUCGAGAGUUGGUGAGGAGUCACAUGGUGCUCGGGAGCCAUUAUUCCGCCUCGUUGAGAGAUGGACUAAUUCUCUACAGCGUCUCCGCCGCCGCCACCGAACUGGAAGUCGGCGUCCGUAAUGGGAAACUGAGGGAGGUGAACAUCGGCCGAGUCCUCAAGGCGGAUAUCCCGGCCACGAAUGGAGUCAUUCACGCCAUUGAUCGCAUCCUCCUGCUUCCAAGCAUCUGUUAACCUUUCACUUAUACUUUCUUCGCUCUUCUGUCUAAUGUGGAUGGAAUAAAUGAUGCACAGGCGUAAAAGAAUGGA